AAAGUUACCGUUCGAGAGAGACAGAGAGAUGCGGCUCUAGUUUAUCUAUAAAAGGCUUGUUUGGGGUAUGCAUGCAUGGAAGUGAAGGAAUUAAGAAGGUAAGGAUUUUUCUUUUCCGAGCGGAAGAAGGUAAUUAAUUAAGGAACUGCGAGAUGAAGAAGAAAGGUAUAGCAACCUGGUCCCUGGUCUUCAGGAUCCUCACUCUAGUAUCGUUAGCUCUUUCUGUCGCAGUACUAGUUACCGACAAUGUCUAUAUAACUGGUUCCCUCGGCCAAGAUGACAUCGAAGGAAGCUUCAUAGAUGUACUGGCAUACAGGUAUGUGCUUUCUAUUGCAUUGAUAGCAGCAGCCUACACGCUAUUGCAGUUACAUUUUGCUAUUUACUAUGCUUGCAAAGGAAGGAGGGCAUACAAAUGCUUGCCAGAUUUGGACUUCUACGGAGACAAGCUCAUCAGCUUGCUCCUGGCCACGGCUGUUGGUGCUGGUUUUGCCGUCUCUGCUGAGUUCAUUAAAUUCCUGGGUGGUACGUUUGGUGAUUUGACUGAUUUCUAUGAAAGAGGGAAUAUUGCAACCAGUGUUCUGUUGGUGGGAACUGUUUGCAUGGCUGUUGUUUCAGUGCUUUCAUCUAUCAAUCGAUCGGACUCGCAAGUUUAGGAUUCUUUGGAUUAGUUUCUUGCCCUUUUUGUACCAGUGUACUUAAGACCAUUCCAAUCAAUAAAACAAACUGGCUGGAAUCUA